AUGUCCAAGAAAUUGACAUUUCCCGAUGGUUUCAUGUGGGGCACAGCCACUGCCGCCUAUCAGAUUGAAGGUGCUGUGAACGAAGGUGGACGUGGUGAUUGCAUCUGGGACGCUUUCUCUCGCACCCCGGGCAAGGUCGUGAAUGGCGAUACUGGUGACAAGGCCGUAGAUCAUUAUCAUCUCUAUAAACAAGACGUGCAGUUGAUGAAAAAGAUGGGGCUUCAAGCUUAUCGUCUUUCUAUCGCCUGGCCACGUAUCAUUCCUGCUGGCAUUGGCAAAGUGAAUGAGGAAGGUGUCGAGUUCUAUAACAAUCUGAUCAAUGAACUACUGGACAAUGAUAUCAUACCACUCGUGACGCUGUACCAUUGGGAUCUGCCAUUGGCAUUGCAGACAGAGUACGAUGGCUGGCUUGGUAAUACAUUCAUUCAGGAGGCCUUUACGCAGUAUGCACGUGUGUGUUUUCAACGCUUUGGGGAUCGAGUCAAGAACUGGUUGACACUGAAUGAACCGUGGUGUGCGGCCUUUUUGGGCUAUGGCAAUGGUAUCCACGCUCCAGGACGCAAGAGCAAACCGCAGACAGAGGCUUAUCUCGCUGGUCAUAACAUGCUGCUAGCCCAUGCACGAGCCGUGGAAGCCUAUCGCAAUGAGUUUCAAGCCGUACAGAAGGGCAAGAUUGGCAUUACACUUAAUUGUGACUGGCGUGAACCAGCACCGACAGAGGACCCGGUGCAAAAGGUCAAGAACGAGGAGGCUGCUGAACGUUCGCUGCUCUUUUCCCUCGGAUGGUUUGCUGAUCCGGUCUACAAAGGAGAUUACCCACAAGUUAUAAAGAACCGCUGUGGACUCCGUCUACCAAAGUUUACGGAAGAGGAGAAGAAGUUACUGAAAGGCAGCUCGGACUUCUUCGGUCUUAACCACUACGGACUCAACUACGUUGAGCCAUCGGCUGAGUACGACGCCAAGAUCCCGCCGCCGAACGACAGCACUGGCGGUCUUGGACCUGAUGAAGGAACGAAGCUGACAUCUGAUGACUCCUGGAAACGCACAGAUAUGGGCUGGAACGCUGCUGGAUGGGGCUUCCAGAAACUAUUGGUCUGGAUUCAGAAGCGCUACGCGGUUCCGAAUGGUAUUCUGGUCACGGAGAAUGGAUGCGCUUGGCCAGAUCGCACAAAAGAGGAGGCUCAGAACGACGACUUCCGUGUCGAGUAUUACAAGGAAUACCUUACGGGUCUACAUAACGCUUUGGCGGAAGGUGCAGAUGUGCGUGGAUACUUUGCUUGGUCUUUCGUGGACAACUACGAGUGGGCCGAGGGCUACACAAAGCGGUUUGGGCUCCAUUGGGUCAACUACGAGACCAUGGAGCGUACGCCGAAAAAGUCGGCGCUUUGGUACGGCGAUGUCAUCCGCAAUAACGGGUUUUCUACUACCGCCUAG